GCGUUGAUCCCUGCUAGGCGCAGGGCUGCGGACGCUGCGCUAGUGGCUCUCGCAUUCCCUGUCCCUGCAGCGGUCGCGUAGGUCGGGGAAGCCCGACUGACCCGGUGCUGGGGAAACCGAGCAGGGGAGGAGCCCGAGAGGGAGGGGUGGGAGGGGGCGCAGCCCCGCCCCCGCCCCGCCCCCAGUGGCCGGAGUCCGGGCUUCAGCCCGGCGCGCCGGAGCCUGCGAGCCCGCGAGGCUGCUAGCUGCAGCGGCGGUGGAGGCGGCGGCGGCGGCUUUCCCUUUGCACAGACCAGGCGUCCCGGCCCGCGCGGCCCGCUGACCCUGGGGCCCGCGCCCCACGGGGCAGGGAUGCAUCAUGGCCACGCUGGCUUGUCGCGUGCAGUUCUUGGACGACACCGAUCCUUUCAACAGUACCAACUUCCCAGAGCCCAGCCGGCCACCGCUGUUCACAUUCCGCGAGGACCUGGCUCUGGGCACCCAGCUGGCCGGGGUCCAUCGGCUGCUGCGGGCACCGCACAAGCUCGAUGACUGUACCCUGCAGCUGUCCCACAAUGGUGCUUACCUGGAUCUGGAGGCCACACUGGCGGAACAGCGGGAUGAGCUGGAAGGCUUCCAGGAUGACACAGGGCGGGGCAAGAAGAACAGCAUUAUUCUGAGGACACAGCUGUCUGUGAGGGUUCAUGCCUGCAUUGAAAAACUGUACAACUCCAGUGGCCGCGAUCUAAGAAGGGCCCUUUUCUCGCUGAAGCAGAUAUUUCAGGACGACAAGGAUUUGGUGCAUGAGUUUGUCAUGGCUGAAGGUCUGACGUGUUUGAUCAAGGUGGGAGCUGAGGCGGACCAGAACUAUCAGAACUACAUCCUGAGGGCACUGGGGCAGAUUAUGUUGUAUGUGGAUGGGAUGAAUGGAGUCAUCAACCACAGUGAGACCAUCCAGUGGCUUUACACUCUUGUUGGGUCAAAGUUCCGCCUGGUGGUGAAGACAGCCCUGAAACUUCUGCUCGUCUUCGUGGAGUACUCUGAGUCCAAUGCACCCCUCCUCAUUCAGGCUGUUUCUGCUGUUGACACCAAAAGAGGCAUCAAACCCUGGUCCAACAUCAUGGAAAUCCUGGAGGAGAAAGAUGGAGUGGACACGGAGCUAUUGGUUUAUGCAAUGACUCUAGUAAACAAGACCUUGGCAGGACUGCCAGAUCAAGACACUUUCUAUGACGUGGUGGACUGCUUGGAGGAGCUGGGCAUUGCCGCUGUGGCCCAGAGGCACUUGAACAAGAAAGGGACAGACCUGGACUUGCUGGAGCAGUUUAACAUCUAUGAGGUGGCACUCAGGCAUGAAGAUGGUGAUGAGACAGCUGAGCCACCCCCCAGUGGGCACCGGGACCGGAGGAGGGCCAGCAUGUGUUCUGGUGGCAGUGUGGGUGAGCACCAGGGCCUUGACCGAAGAAGGAGCCGGAGACACUCCAUCCAGAAUAUCAAGAGCCCACUGUCAGCUCCCACCAGCCCCUGCUCCCAGUCGGUUCCCGCCUUCAAACCCAGCCAAGUUCGAGAUCUCUGUGAAAAGGAUGAGGAGGAGGAGGAGGAAGAAGAACAGCCAAUCACGGAGCCCAAUUCAGAGGAGGAGAGAGAGGACGAUGCCCAGUGUCAGGGCAAGGACAGAUACAGCAACUUCAGCAACAACUCUUUCCACUCUUCUGGACCCUCAUCUGGACCUAGUGUAUCUCCAUUGUCUGCAUCUGCAUCAUCCUUCUCGUCCCCACAGGAGGCCAGGCCAUCGCCAAGCGGUCUCCUCACAUCCUCCUUCAGGCAGCACCAGGAGUCCCUGGCAGCAGAGAGAGAACGGAGGCGCCAAGAGAGAGAAGAAAGGCUGCAGAGGAUAGAGCGGGAAGAGCGAAACCGAUUCAACCGAGAAUAUCUAGACAAAAGAGAGGAGCAAAGACAAGCGAGGGAAGAAAGAUACAAAUACUUGGAGCAGUUGGCAGCCGAGACGCACGAGAAGGAGCUGAGAAGCCGGAGCGUGAGCCGGGGCAGAGCUGACCUCUCCUUGGACCUGAGCUUGCCAACAGCCCCUGCCUCACCCUCCCCAUCAAGCCAGAGUCCCUCAUCUGCCGACUCCCAAGAGGCUCUCACAGUGCCCUCCUCCCCGCCCACUCUUCAGUACCCCCAAGUAAGCGGUAAGGACCACGAGCCUGAACUGGAGGCAGAAGCUGGGCAGGGUGCUGAUGAAGCCAGCCAGGAGAUAGCCUCUGCUCACAGGGGAGCAGAGAGCCGGGAAGAGCCGGUGCUGGAGCUGGAGCCUGAAGAAAGAGCCUCACUGAGUGAGAAAGAGAGGCAGAACGAGGAGGUCAAUGAGAGGGACAACUGCUCCGCCUCCAGCAUCUCGUCCUCCAGCAGCACCUUGGAGAGGGAAGAGAAGGAAAGCAAGCUGCCUGAGGACAGGUCGACAGGUUUGUGGUCCACCAGCCUCCAGGAUGUGGGUGUAAAUGGACAGUGUGGUGACAUCCUCACCAGCAAAAGGUUCAUGCUGGACAUGCUGUAUGCCCAUAACAGAAAGUCCACAGAUGACGAGGAGAAGGGUGAUGGCGAACCUGGGAAGCCUGCGCAGGAGGUGGAGGCAGUGGCCAGUCUUGCCACCAGGAUAUCCACUCUGCAGGCCAGCUCUCAAGCCCCAGAGGAGAGCAUCAAGAGAGUGGACAUUGGCUGUUUGGACAACCGGGGCAGUGUAAAGGCAUUUGCUGAGAAAUUCAAUAGUGGGGACCUGGGGAGAGGUUCCAUCUCUCCUGAUGCAGAGUCUCAUGACAAGGUCCCAGACACAACACCUGCACAGCUGAAGACUGAGUCUGAUUACAUCUGGGACCAACUCAUGGCCAAUCCAAGGGAGCUCAGAAUCCAAGACAUGGAUUUUACUGACUUAGGGGAGGAGGAUGAUAUUGAUGUUCUGGAUGUGGAUCUUGGCCACCGGGAAGCCCCAGGGCCACCUCCUCCACCCCCUCCCACCUUUCUGGGUUUGCCACCCCCACCCCCUCCACCCCUGUUGGACACUGUGCCUCCCCCCCCAGUCCCCGGUAAUUUAUUGGCUUCUCCUGUGUUCAGCACUCCUCAGGGCUUAGGGUGGUCCCAGGUACCCAGGGGUCAGCCAGCAUUCACCAAGAAAAAGAAGACUAUCCGGCUAUUCUGGAAUGAAGUCCGGCCCUUUGAGUGGCCAAGUAAGAACAAUCGCCGAUGCAGGGAAUUCCUGUGGUCGAAACUGGAACCCAUCAAGGUGGACACUUCCAGACUAGAGCACCUGUUUGAGUCCAAGUCUAAGGAGCUGUCUGUCACCAAGAAAACAGCUGCAGAUGGCAAAAGGCAGGAGAUCAUUGUUCUGGAUUCCAAGAGAAGCAACGCUAUCAACAUCGGCCUGACGGUGCUGCCCCCUCCAAGGACGAUCAAGAUCGCCAUUUUGAACUUUGAUGAGUAUGCCUUAAACAAAGAAGGGAUUGAGAAAAUUCUGACCAUGAUUCCAACUGAAGAGGAGAAGCAGAAAAUUCAGGAAGCUCAGCUGGCGAACCCUGACGUGCCCCUGGGCAGUGCUGAACAGUUCCUCCUCACUCUCUCCUCCAUCAGCGAGCUUUCUGCCCGACUCCACCUCUGGGCAUUCAAAAUGGAUUAUGAAACCACAGAAAAGGAAGUGGCCGAACCACUUUUGGACCUGAAGGAAGGAAUAGACCAGCUGGAGAACAACAAGACUCUGGGCUUCAUCCUAUCUACUCUUCUCGCCAUUGGGAACUUUCUAAAUGGAACUAAUGCCAAAGCAUUUGAGUUAAGCUACCUCGAGAAGGUUCCAGAAGUCAAAGAUACAGUGCACAAGCAGUCACUUCUCCAUCACGUGUGCACCAUGGUAGUGGAAAACUUUCCAGACAGCUCGGAUCUGUACUCUGAGAUUGGGGCCAUCACCAGGUCAGCCAAGGUUGACUUUGAUCAACUUCAGGAUAAUUUAUGUCAGAUGGAGAGAAGAUGCAAAGCUUCCUGGGAUCACCUCAAGGCAAUUGCAAAACAUGAAAUGAAACCAGUUUUAAAGCAGCGGAUGUCAGAGUUCCUAAAAGACUGUGCAGAGCGAAUUAUAAUUUUAAAGAUUGUCCAUCGGAGGAUAAUUAACAGAUUUCACUCCUUUUUGCUCUUUAUGGGGCACCCCCCUUACGCAAUCCGAGAGGUGAACAUCAACAAGUUCUGCAGGAUCAUCAGCGAAUUUGCACUCGAGUACCGCACGACCAGGGAAAGGGUUCUGCAGCAGAAGCAGAAGCGGGCCAGCCACAGAGAGAGAAACAAGACACGUGGGAAGAUGAUCACCGACACUGAUGACGAGGAUGACAUUGAGUCUGGCAAGUUCUCUGGCAGUUCUCCAGCAACACCGAGCCAGCCACAGGGUCUGAGCUAUGCUGAGGAUGCAGCUGAACAUGAGAACAUGAAGGCUGUGUUGAAAACGUCAUCUCCUGCUGUGGAGGAUGUCACCCCUGUGCUCGGUGUCCGCACUCGCAGCCGGGCAAGCCGGGGAUCCACUGGUUCGUGGAAUAUGGGAACUGAUGAGUCACCCAGUGUCACCGAUGAUGCCGCUGAUGAGAUCAUGGACCGCAUUGUCAAAUCGGCCACCCAAGUGCCCAGUCAGCGAGUGGUGCCACGGGAGAGAAAGCGUUCCAGGGCCAACCGCAAAUCUUUACGAAGGACCUUGAAGAGUGGCCUGACUCCAGAAGAAGCCAGAGCCCUAGGCCUGGUUGGCACAUCUGAACUGCAGCUGUGACUUUUGUAGGCCCUCAGAAGUGUGCCGAGCAGAGAACCCACUCUGGCCAGAUCCACCCCUUUCAGCAGGGGUGGGAGGAGCCUCGAACAUCUGAAGGUUCAGAACUGAGAGCUCAUUGUGGAUAUAACACUUCUUGUGUCACCGCUGUGCAUUGACCCGGAUCUCCAGGAAUCUCCUGCAUGUCCUUUCUUUAUCAGCUCAGCUGUGUUUCUCUUGUUUCCUUGAUGCCUGGUUUAUUAGUUCCAAGUGUGACACCUUUUCUAGGAAGCAGCAGUCCUUGUAAGGGACAAAUCACUUCUGUCAGAGUUGUUAUGAUACCGUGAGGCAAUGUGAUUAGACUCAGAAGCUGGGUCUCCUCCACAACAAAACGUCCAGAUAUAAAUGCCAAUGUUGUACACAAAAGCAAGCACAGAUUGUUUACCAGUUGUGGAUUUUAGAUGUACCAAAUGUUUAUAUAAACUCAUAAAUGUACACCAUGUUUCAACUACUAAAUAAACAGAGUUUAAUGUCA